CCCGCCUUUAAACUGUGGUGUGUCCCGCCUUUAAACUGUGGUGUGUCCCGCCUUUAAACUGUGGUGUGUCCCGCCUUGAAACUGUGGUGUGUCCCGUGCAGCAAGCCUCUGCCACUCUUCAACCGCUGCACGCCGCUGGACUUGGCGUGCUACACCAAGUUCGCACAGGCCGUGGUCACCUUCGUCAGCGACGACUCCUUCCUGCACCGAGUCAUCGCCGGCGUGGUGGCCAGUAAAGAAGUCAUCGUGGGACUUUGUCUUCUGGCGUUGGUGCUGUCCAUGAUCCUCAUGGUGAUCAUUCGCUACAUCUCGGCCGUCCUGGUCUGGAUCCUCACAUCCUUGGCGGUCCUGGCUUCUCUCGGCGGUACCGGCGUGCUGUGGUGGUUCUACGUGGACCACCGUCUCCACGGCAACGACACCCACACAAAGGUGACGGAGGAAGAGGAGGAGGAGUCGUCGAGGCCAGACGCGAACCAGACGCUGCUGGUCUACGCCAUCGCCGCCAGCGUCUUCACCGUCAUCUUGCUGCUGCUGAUGCUCUUCAUGAGGAAGCGAGUGGCGUUGGCCAUCGCUCUGUUCCACGUGGCGGGCAAAGUCUUCAUCCACCUGCCGCUCCUCACCCUCCAGCCCUUCAUCACCUUCCUGCUGCUGCUCCUCUUCUGGCUCUACUGGGUCCUGGUCCUGCUCUUCCUGGGGACCAGCGGAGAGCCGGUCCACAACGAGGAGACGGGCCUGACGGAGUUCCGUCUGACGGGGCCUCUGGAAUACCUGACCUGGUACCACGCUGUGGGUCUGGUGUGGAUCACAGAGUUCAUCCUGGCGUGCCAGCAGAUGACGGUGGCGGGGGCGGUGGUCACCUACUACUUCACCAGGGACAAGAAGCGACUUCCUGCGUGGCCCAUUGUGCACGCGGCUCUGAGGCUGCUCAGGUACCACGUGGGCACGGUGGCCAAGGGCUCCUUCAUCAUCACCCUGGUGAAGGUCCCUCGACUGAUGCUCAUCUACGUCAGCAGGCAGCUGAAGGGCAAGGAGAACGCCUGCGCUCGCUGUGUGUUGAAGUCCUGCAUCUGCUGCUUGUGGUGUUUAGAGAAGUGCCUCAACUAUCUCAACCAGAACGCAUACGCCGCCACCGCCAUCAACAGCACCAGCUUCUGCACGUCAGCGCGAGACGCUUUUGUGCUCCUGGUGGAGAACGCCCUGCGAGUCGCCACCGUCAACGCCAUCGGAGACCUGGUGCUCUUCCUGGGGAAGAUUCUCGUCGUUACGACGACGGCGUUCGCCGGCGUGCUGCUGCUCAACGCCCGGCGAGAUUACGCCGAGUGGCUGCUGCCGCUGGUCAUCGUCUGCCUCUUCGCCUUCCUGGCGGCGCACUGCUUCCUGUCUGUCUUCGAGAUGGUGGUGGACGUGCUCUUCCUGUGCUUCGCCAUCGACACCAAGUACAACGACGGCACGCCGGGCAAGGAGUUCUUCAUGGACAAGGCUCUGAUGGAGUUCGUGGAGAGCAGCCGGCGCCUGGAGCGCGUGGCCGGCCGUGGGCGCAGCAGAGGGAAGGCCACGCCCUCGGAGGGCGCCGAGAUGAAGCCCAUGGUGAGUGACGGCGGUGGAGGCGUGGUCAACGGCGAGUGGGAGGACCUUCAGGAGUUCCAGGUGUACUACCUGCUGGUGGGGGUGUUGGUGGACUGGGCGCUGAUGGAGCACGGCGACUUGGCGCUCUGCCUCAGCGAGGACGUGGUCCUCUUCCUCUGCGUCUACCUGCCCACCUCCACCCUCUUCCUGUUUGUCAGCCUGCUGCACACGCCAAGCUCCGCCCCUCCCACGCAGCCCGCUGACAACGCCCACGGAAGCACGACCGCCUACUAACCACAAAGCAUGCUGUUUGCUAAUGGCGGGAUGCUAACAGACUUCCUUGUGGAUGUGAAGCGGACACGCUAACAGCUACAUGCUAACUUCUCAUCGUCAUCAUCAUCAUCAUCAUCAUCAUCACUUCCUGUUUGCUUUACACGUCACCGGUGUGCUUUAACCAGUGGUCGUGCACCACUGUGACCACACGGCCGGCGGGAGCGGGAGCAGCUCAGCCUGACACACUGGGGGAGGUGUCAGACGGAACAUUCCAGAAGUCAGGUGGAACACUUGUGGAGAGUAUUUAGCUAAGAAUAACCACACCUUCACUGGGGGAGAGAACGUUCCAGAAGUGAGGAGUAACACUGGAGAGUAUUUAGCUAAGAAUAACCACACCUUCACUGGGGGAGAGAACGUUCCAGAAGUGAGGAGUAACACUGGAGAGUAUUUAGCUAAGAAUAACCACACCUUCACUGGGGGAGAGAACGUUCCAGAAGUGAGGAGUAACACUGGAGAGUAUUUAGCUAAGAAUAACCACACCUUCACUGGGGGAGAGAACGUUCCAGAAGUGAGGAGUAACACUGGAGAGUAUUUAGCUCAGAAUAACCACACCUUCACUGGGGGAGAGAACGUUCUAGAAGUGAGGAGAAUAACCACAGCUAACAAGCACUUUACAUGGAAGCAGUUUGGCAGAGAAGAGUUUUCUUCUCCACCUUUUGGGACGAGGACGCUCUGUGACCUCUGAUGACCUCAUCUCUUCUCUCAUUGGUCAAUCCUCCAACAUGGCCGACCGUCACUCGGUUGCCCCCUGAGGUCACAUGACCGCCGAGAUCCUACGGCGGUCUCCGGGUGUGGGCGGAGCUUCCUGCAAUAAAACAAGAGUCUUCCUGGCGUGAGGCGUUGAGGUCUCAAGACAGGAAGGCGGAACUUGAAGGCGGGUUCCACACACUCCACACUACCCAUGAUGCUCAGCCCACCGCCUGACUUUCUCCCAUGUGAUCAGAUACCAGCUGCUGAUUGGCUCCCACACAAGGAAAAGGGUUGGCUCAGUCAGGGGAGUCCCAAGAAUCAGCGAAGGGGGCGGGGUCAGACCCUUCCAAGAAUCAGCCAAUGGCAGCGCAGGGGGCGGGGUCACAACCAAUCAAGUGGAGCGAGUUAGUUGCAUGACCUGGCUUCUUCUUCUUCACUUUGUAAGUCACGUGACUCGGUGCCGUCAUGUGACCUGAGCGCACGCUUUCACUUUCUAACUUUGGACUCUUCUUCUCUUCCUGCAGUUCCUUUUAUAUUUAUCCUUUCUUAUGUAUAUUUGUUUUUCUAAGAAAAUAGUCCAAUAAAAAUGAUAUCAACAAU